AUCCAUUCUCUAGCUUCGUUUAGCACAUGGGUGGGGUGUCCCCAGAAAGAGUUCCUGCCACAGCGAAACGGACGUUCGUACACAACUGUUGCACCUAAAUAUACUUCAAUAGAACAGAUAGAUACAGGACGGGCACCUGAAUAUUGACAUUUGACGGGCAGUGUACUGUGUGUUGUAUUACUUUGUCAUAUGUUGUUUAUUUGAAAUAGUUGCAAAAUAUGGCAGAAGAAGAUUUAAACGAAGAAGGAAGUGAUCUCAAUACGAAAUUUGGUUUGCGACUGCGAGGAAGGAAAGGUGCCCUGAAAAAGAAAAAUGUGUAUAAUGUUAAAGGCCAUAGAUUCAUUCCCAGGUUUUUCAAACAACCAACGUUUUGUUCCCACUGCAAAGAUUUUAUUUGGGGUUUCGGAAAACAAGGAUUCCAGUGCCAAGUUUGCAGUUUCGUUGUACACAAGCGAUGCCAUGAAUACGUAACAUUUACCUGUCCUGGUGCUGACAAAGGUGCUGAUUCUGAUGAUACUCGAACUCGUCAUAAUUUUAAAAUUCAUACAUACUCAUCACCUACCUUCUGUGACCAUUGUGGAUCAUUACUAUAUGGUGUAAUUCAUCAGGGGAUGAAAUGUACAGCAUGUGAUAUGAAUGUUCAUAAAAGAUGUGAGGAGAGUGUUCCUAAUUUAUGUGGUUGUGAUCAUACUGAACGGAGAGGAAGAAUUCAAUUAAAAAUGAGUUAUACCGGACACAAACUAAGUGUUGAAGUUCAACAAGGUAGAAAUUUAAUUCCAAUGGAUCCCAAUGGCUUAAGUGAUCCAUAUGUUAAAAUCAAACUCAUUCCUGAUUCCGAUAGUGUUAAGAAGAAAACCAAAACCAUUAAAUCCAAUUUAAAUCCAGUUUGGCAUGAGGUACUUACGUUUGAACUGAAACCAGAGGACAAAGACCGACGUUUAUUAAUUGAAGUCUGGGACUGGGACCGAACAUCUCGUAAUGAUUUUAUGGGAUCAUUAUCGUUUGGCAUUUCAGAAAUAAUUAAAUCACCUCCGGAUGGCUGGUUUAAACUUUUAACUCAAGAGGAAGGCGAAUAUUACAACGUACCUGUUCCUGAAGAAGGGGUUGAUUUAGCAACAAUCAAAACUCAAAUGAGGAAAACGUCAAUAACCAAAAAACCUUCAAUAACUGCUGAUAAAGAUGUUCCUCAUAAUAUGGGUAAAAAAGAUAUUAUAAGAGCCAGCGACUUUAAUUUUCUGAUGGUACUAGGCAAAGGAUCAUUUGGAAAAGUUAUGUUGGCCGAAAGAAAAGGAACUGAUGAACUCUAUGCAAUAAAAAUUUUAAAAAAAGAUAUUAUUAUUCAAGAUGAUGACGUCGAAUGCACUAUGGUUGAAAAACGUGUUUUAGCCCUUUCCAACAAACCGCCGUUUUUAGUUCAACUUCACUCUUGUUUUCAAACAAUGGAUCGCCUUUAUUUCGUUAUGGAAUAUGUAAAUGGAGGAGAUUUAAUGUUUCAAAUUCAACAAUGCGGAAAAUUCAAAGAACCUGUUGCAGUCUUCUAUUCUGCAGAAAUUGCUAUAGGUUUAUUCUUUUUACAUAGUAGAGGAAUCGUAUACCGUGACUUGAAACUUGAUAAUGUCUUACUAGAUCAAGACGGUCAUAUAAAAAUUGCAGACUUUGGGAUGUGUAAAGAAGGAAUUACAGGCGAUAAAACUACUAAGACCUUUUGCGGCACACCGGAUUACAUAGCACCUGAGAUUAUUCUGUAUCAACCCUAUGGCAAAUCUGUUGAUUGGUGGGCUUACGGAGUUUUGCUGUACGAAAUGUUGGUUGGACAACCACCUUUUGAUGGUGAAGAUGAAGAGGAAUUAUUUGCAGCCAUUACAGACCACAAUGUUAGUUAUCCCAAAGGGUUGUCCAAAGAAUCUAAAGAUGUGUGUAAAGGGCUUUUAACGAAAAAUCCCAAUAAAAGAUUAGGUUGCGGAUCUCAUGGUGAAGAAGAUGUACGAGCUCAUGCAUUCUUUAGACGUAUCGAUUGGGAUAAAAUUGAAAACAGAGAAGUACAACCACCGUUUAAACCAAAAAUUAAACAUCGUAAGGACGUAAGUAACUUUGACAAACAAUUCACUUCUGAGAAGACGGACUUAACACCUACGGAUAAAUUGUUUAUGAUGAAUCUUGAUCAAACAGAAUUUAUGGGAUUUUCUUUCCUUAACCCUGAAUUUAUUCAACACGUCUAAACAUUCAUUUAUAGUCAGGGGAACUAUAUUUAUUUAAUAAGGAUCAUCUUAGAAUAAUGUAGAUUUAUUUAUAGAAUCUAUUUGUCUGUUGAGAUUUGCAUUUCAGUCAUUUUUAAUGUUGUUUGUACUUUUAUUAGCGAUAUUUCAUUGAAUAUAAAAAAGUAAGUCGUUAUUAACAUCUACGUAUAUAUAUAAAAGUAACGUACUUAUACUUGUGCCAAACGCUAACAUUAAGUUUUUGGUUCUACUCUUCUUCUACUAUCAGAAUUAGAUAAGUAUGUUGAGGCAUGCUCCAGAAUUAAACGCACAGAUUUUGAUUUUAGAUAAAUUACAGUUCCGAGUGUAUUAUAAAUAUAACUCAUUCAAUUUUUCCAAAAUUUCAACACUUUUUUUUAUCUAUUUAACUGGUUUCUUUAGAAAUGUUGAGUGUAAGUGCUUAUUUUCUCUUGUUAUGUAGUCUUACUGCUACAAGAGACAUAUGUCACAAAUAGGUCAAGCUCAUAUUAAGUGAGUUCAAGAUUUUUCUGCAAACAUGAUUCACGGCGAAUGUAAAUUGCAGCGGGCCUUUCGCAGGAUCCGAAAAGGUCUAUGUAAACUACAGCGGUAUACAGAUGCUGUACUUGAUGGGUUUGAAGAUUUACUACACAGGAUUUGAUUUUUUUUUUGUAUUACUUAUUAGUAGGUUAAAUUAGUACUAAUUUUGUAAAAGUUUGUAUUAGCGCGUCAACGUCCAGAAUAAUUUUAUUUGUAUUACUAAUUUUCCUUUUGAAAAAGUUAAAAAUAAUUAAUAUAUUAUUUUUAGUUUUGUAAUAAUGUUAUAAUAUUAUAUGUUGGGGAUUACGGGAAAUAUCAUUCUUUUUGAUACAGUAAAUGCCGCGAUUUUGCAGAGGAACUAUCACAGACCCAGAUAUGCUAAGACGAAGCAAAAAUCAGUUUCGAAUGUCAUUACAGGUAAACAAGUGACCCUAUUUUAGAGCUAGUAUCCGAUUUUAUUAUCCUCUACAAUUUACAUGUUAUAAACAUUUACUGGGCUCGGGAAGAUUAAUGAAUUAGUUCCGUUGCAGUUUACAUGUGCCCCAUAAUUCAAACAGACCAAUACAUUAUAGAAACAUUGUAAUUUCGCAGAAACGGAAAUGUUUCCUUAGGCAUUGGACGUGUUCACAUAUAAUGACUUAGGUACAGGCCUGCAUAUCACCUGCCUUACUAACGUUAUUUGCCAAAUGGUUCGAUAUCAUAAAUUUUUGAGAAUCAUGAAUAUAUAUUUGUUUUUGACAACAUAAUACAGAAGGCCUGCUAGUUCUAUUAAUCGUAUUUAUAACAAGGUUCAUCAACGGUAAGAAAACAGCAGAUUUAUUUAACUGUGUGUUUUUGUUUGCUUUGUGUAAGUGUUUAAAUGAAUUCUCGAUCGUAAUUCUACCCAUACAUAAUUAUACUUUUUUGCUGAAUCCCUAAUAGUCACUAGUUACUUUCUUUUAUAAGUGAGAUCUUCUUCAAAAUUUCCCCUCAAAUUUCAUUUUUAAUCACUGCUGUUCGAAAAUCUACCAACAUUUAUUUUAUGCACCCGUCAGAGAAUCAUUUCUGUUGAUUAAUUAAUUUUAUCCAUAUUGAACUGGUAAAAGGGUUAUCGGCAUAGUGGCAUAGUCGUAAAAAUAUGCUGGCAGUUAUAAACUGCGUUUUUUUCUGGGGUAAGCCUUCAUUUAUUUUUGUUAUUUAAUUACACGUAUCUUCACGUCCAUCUCAUAUUUAUGAAGCACACCCUAGAACAGAAUAUAUAUAAAUAUAUUUUUAUUGAUGAUUAGGCAUUUAAGUGUUAUGCUUAUGACUGUUUAUUUGUAAAAAUGUACAUAAUUCUUCUUAUACCAUUCUAAAACAUAUCAAAAUAAGUACUAUUGGUUAUGUUGUAUUACACAUGGUUACUAUUGUUUGUUCUGUUAAUAAUUUCAACGUUGGACUUUGUUCAGAGCUUUUUACAUUUUAAUUGGGAACCUCUACGGUUCAUAAUUAUAUAUACUAUUAAAGCUCAGUCGUUGACAGGCAAUAACGUCUCUUAGACACCAUAUAUGAUUUACAAUGUUUGUUUUUGUACACUGUUUUCAUUUUAAUAUUGAGACUUUGUAAUAGAAGGUGGGUACCUAUUCUUUUGCUGAUAUUAUUUUUGCUUCAUAAUAGAUAAUAGACGUUAAGAUUAUCUUGAAAUUUGCAAGUUUAUUACUAUUUGCGUACGAUUCAUUUAUUCCUGUCAGUAAUAAGUUAUUUACUAAUAAUAUAUUUGUUACUAUAUUUCGUGGGUAAUUCAACGUCUUAUUUUGACUACAUAGAUAUUAUCGUUCAAUGUGAUGAUUAAAGCAAAUCGACAAUCUACUUUAAGAUAAAAAAAUACGAUAUUGUACAUUUUAAGCAUUCCAAAUAAUUAAGCGCCCUUAUUGUACAUUCCUGUAGAGAAAAAUGACUGAUGUGCAAAUAAUUAAUAUACUAAUUAUCUCGUUUUUACUAUCGAUUGUCGCACUCUUAAACACGGUUAAAAUAUUAUUGCAAUCAGAAUAUUAUAUUAUUCACGCGUCUUUUUCUUACAGUUCUUCCAGUCAUUUAAAAUGACAAAAUUUGUGAAUGUAGAGAAUUUAUAAGGAUAUAUCAGUAAUUAAUGUAAUUAAUGUAAUAUCAUUACAAAUAUGUAUUUAUAUAUUUCUUUAAAAAAAAAUAACGUCAAUCCACGUAAAGAUGGACGUAACUAACACUAACUGCUUCACUACUGUUUCAAAUAAAUAUAUAUUUUGUAAUGAAAAACAAAUAUUUAAAUAUGAACAAGAUUUUUGGGCAUCUUCGAUAUUUUAAUUACAGAGAAUUUAGGGCAAAAAACAACACAAACUAAAAUACUAUGUCAGAUAUCUGUUAUUAAAUAAUGUCACCUGUAGUACGUUAUUAUUUUCACCGAGCAAACAACUUUUUGUACAACUAUAACAUUCUUAUUCACCGCUGUUAGAAGUUUUAACGGUAUCUCACCAUAAUGAACAGUAGAACUUUCUUUGCUGCAAUGCUAACUGGGUUUCACUGCAAAUUCUGCCUCAAAUGAUUCAGUUGUACCUACACAUUCAGUGCAAAAUGUUUGUAUAUCUCAAUCAAUGCUAGGCAGUUUGCCCACAACGUACUGCAAAAAUGCAGCAGUCUUUUAACAUUUUGCUGAUUAAGAUAUAUUUAAAAUAACACUACUUACUUUGACUUGAAAAAAACCUCUUAAAGCUUGCAUGCUAUUUACUGAAUAACACACAUUAAACAUCUAACAAACCAGUAUUAUGAUAAAGUAUUCUCUUUGUUUCUAAAUAUUACAAAACCAUUUAUAUUAGAAAAAUCAACGUAACACUCAUAAAAUUUUCAUUUUUCGAUAUUAAUAGCCCAAAAAAUAAAUUUUUAUUUAAUAAUAUUGGUAUUUUCAUUUAUUUAUAGUAGUGUCUGCCUGGUGUCGUACAUCGACAUCGUGUAACCUAGCCUGUUAGAUUCUCCCUAUGCCAACUUUGCCUGCCCAAUUCUUAUGCUAUAUAAUUCUGAAAUACCUAUGAAAGAAAAUAACGGAGGUAAAUCUAAAAUCUGCAAAAAUCAAUACAACCCAUUAAAUCUAGUAGCUGUUUACGGCAUUAAAAUCUGUUAACCAUCUAUUUUGGCCCUAUAUAAAAACGUGUUUCCUAAAAAAAAAAUGUUCAUAUAUCUUUCUACUGCGUCAUAACAAUGUAACGACGAACAUGAGACACGAAAAAUUUGAUGAUCAUACAGGAAAAGAAUAAAAGUACAUAGUAUACUGAUAAAAAACGUAUUGACGCACUGUUUCUUUAUACUAUGGUUUUCAGUAUUAAGCAUGUCAAAUAAGUAACGGCACUAAACAAUAAAAUUAAUAUUUUGAACUAAGAGCAGCAAAAUAAAAACAAUUUUAGAGCUUGAUUUUUUUUUUAAACAAAGAACAUUUUGCACUAACAAACUAAACAUCAGCACCAAAUUUUAUUAUUUUAUCUUAACAUUUUGGUACCGUACGUUAUUAAUGAUCGACACAUACCCUCAUGUAUAGUGAACCAAGAGUUAUAAGGUUAUAUGGCCAUCAUAAAAUCAUCCCAUCGUGUCGAAGUUAAGUUGUUUACAAUAGAAAAGGUUUUAGGGUCGUAAAUAACGUGUCCACUGCAGCUCGACCGGCUCUUGUGGUUUCGUUCAGGGGCGACUUUCACUAAAUAUGAAAAUCCACCACUCCACUAUUUCUUUACUACCUGCAGCCGCUGAGGGUUCCGAAAUAACCACUCGCUUUGAAAGCCGGCCCUGUUAAAUAUGAGCAAGAAAUGUUUAGAAGAUGAUUUAUUGCCAACCGGUAAGCUUAGUGCGAACCACACAAAGGGGGUAUUUAUUUGCGGUCAACUACUUUUAUGAUGGCCAUAUAACCUUAUAGGUCUUGGUUCACUAUACCUCGAUAGCAAUUUUUCCAUAUCCGCUUAAUUUCAUUGAUGUUUCUUCACAUAACUUUACGCUUUGAACAUUUUUCUUUACAAUUAGAUCAAAAUUGUUCUAUAGAAUGGGCUUGUGGUAAAUUGGUAUGGUAUCACACCAAGUUAUCAAGCCCGAUCUAUUGGAUAGUAUUGGAGUAUUUAUAAAGAAAAAUGGCACGAUGCAAGAUCAAGAAAUUACUGGAUUCAAGCGGCGGACAUGGAGGAAUUGCUGUCGAAGUAUUAUAGAAUGGAGGCUUGGCACGGUACUAAAAUGUUAAAUAAAGUGGCAAAAUUUGGUGUUGAUAUCUAGUUUGGUAUAAACUGCUCCUUGCUUCAAUGAAAAAUUAAGCAAUUAUUACUGUUAAAUUUUUGUGCUUUUUUUUUGACUAGUGCACAAGAUAGCAAAUUUCUGAAAAAUAUUUUGACACAAUUUUACUUGGAAAUGUAGUUUGUUAGAAAGUUGUGUGGACCUCGGUCCGAUUUUUUGUAAAUUGACAGGAAGUUGGAAAUAACCAUUUUCGAAUUACUAGGCCUCCAGAAAUAUUACUAAAGUAGAUUUUUUAUUACUGGUGUGCACCACGACUCUAAUUUCAUGUUCCCACUUGAUUUUUGGGACACUAAUGCAAACUUGCACCACACUUUUUAUCACGUGAUUACCGUUAUGGCAGCACUUUGACUACUUUUAUGGUAAUCCUAUUGCGGCCUUAAAAGAUGGGUCUGACACGUCUAUUUGCCAGGACUACAAUUUUAUUGUAAUUUGUUUUUCUUAUAUUGUAUGUGUCGGUUUGUUAAUUAAUUUCCGUUAAAAAAAUCUAAUGAUUUUUUUAUGUUUUAAACAAAUUUAAAAAUCCAAACAAUCUUGUAAGACACACGUUCAUAAAAUGUUUUUUCGAGUACUGACGAUAUCACUGACUCAUACUCGCAAACAUAUAUUUUCCAGUCUUGUUUUUCAAAACACUAUUGAUUCACGGUAUCUUCUACAAAGCACAGUAAGGAGACGUAUGUAUCCCAUUUAAAAGUUCAAGUUUUAUUUCAAAAGAAAACUGAUCUAACCUUGUCACGUGUUAAAAUAAAUAUUAGAAUAAGAGCUAGACUUGGACGAUUUGGGCCUUCACGAUGUUCUGAGCAUACUUACUUGUACAUAUUAUUUAGAGAAUAUUUACCUUUCCAACUAAUUUAAAGACAUGUAUUUUUAGGACCUCAAGACGCUAUAACAAAAAAGGUUGGUGAUGAACCAACCAUCAAGUUAUCAAGCUGUCUUGCUAAUCAUCGGCUAUAUACAACAAUAACGAGAAAGACAGCUGAUCUUUCGGUACUAAUUAGAGUUCAGUGCUGGCAUAACCGAAAAAAUUCGUUCAAAUAGGUAUUUUUACUUAAAAAAAAAAAAAAAAUACAUUAAUUCAACUUAAAGUUGAAUGAUUUUAUUGUAAAGAUUCAUAGAUACACAGAUUUUUCGUUUAGUAAAAUAAUGGCAUAUUAGAUUUGUUACGAUGACUACUUUUUUUCAAAUAAAAACGUAUUUAAUUGUUAGAUAGUAACACACUAUAGAGGUGGACAUUGUUUUCAUUUAUUUAAAGUAUGUUUGGCGCUAAAUGCUAAGUUGCUAUUUUGAAAUAAAACCUUUGUUUAUUUAGUUUAGGGCCGUUACUGAAGUCUUAAAAGACUAUUUACGUAAUUAAAGUUGCAACUAUUAAAGUUCUUCACUUUUACAAAAUUCCUAGUAGAUGGUAAUUUUAACUUAAAAACGUGAAAUUUUCAGUACGUACAGUCAUGCUCAAAAAUGAAUAGCAUGGAUACAAAUUCGGAUUGUCAUCUGUACGGGAUUUAUGUGAGCAUAACUGUACACCAUUUCUAUCAAAACCAUCCUACAUUAGCUGUCAAAGAAAAGGAUAGAUAGAAGUGAAAUAUUAUUCAAAAUUAGAAACAAAUAGUCAUAGAAUGCCAAAAUAAUAUCCAAAUGUUAAUAACCGCAGCGUAGAUAUUUACUUUCUCAUAUUCUGAAAAAAAAAUGGAGUUUGAAAAAUUGUCUGAAAGUCUGUGCUUUGUCAUUCGCUUUAUUAGAUUUAAAGUUCGUAAAACAAGACUUCAUCUAAGUAAGUACAAAGUGCAGUAGUGGAAGUAUGCAUAAUAAGUUUAUUGUACUUUUUAAAAAUAUCUAAUAUUAUAUUGCCACAAAUACAUUAUUGCUUUUGAAUUGUUUUUUCUACCAUUUAAUUUGAAAUUAUUAAUGCUAGAACAGUGGAACUCAAAGAAUUCAUGAUUAUUGAAUGUAUUUGUGCUGCCUAUUGUUAGUGAUGUGUUGAAACUAAAGUGUGUUAACCCCGAUAUUAAUUUAUGAUGUCAUAUAGGAGUAUAUAUUAAGUGCAACCGACUUUUUUAUGUACCAUGAUUUACUUUCAGAGUUUUAACAACUGUAAACCCAACGAAAUCACCAUGCAGUGGUGUCUAUCCUGUGAUACACCAUCCUCUAAGCUUUCUGCUUGACGUCUUGUAUUAGUUACUAUUAGAUCUACUAGAUUUUACACAAUAGGAAGUAGAAGGUAAAUUUACAAUUUACAUAAAUUAUUAUUGAUACAGAAGUUCUCCCAACAGUAUUUUAUUUAUAUUAUUCAUAAAAAAGCAUUGACUUAGGGGCAUAUUUGUAUUUUUAUUUUUUAUAUUUAAAAAUUAUUCCACUAUUUUUAAAGCAGAAAGCUUGUAAAGCUGUUAAAAGUGCCGUGAUUUUGGAAAAGUAAUAAUUGUUUACGUUACAAGUGCAGAAAUGCAGAAAUUGCCUAUACAUACAAGCUAAAACGCGGCCCAAGGAGAAAGGUUAUUUGUGAAUUAUGAUUAGGGAGCGGAUUUCUGUCGGGCUAGACAAGGCCAAACUCGGUACGGCUCGUUCGGGAUGGGAAUUCAUUGCAGUUACCGGCUGUACUUCGUUUAUUUGAGAUUAGAAUAACGCUGCUUCGUUGCACUCUGCUGUUAAUUCCAGUUCUCAUUUACUUAGCCGUUUGAUUAAUAAAUCGUUAAUUGUAUUUAUGAAAUCAAAUGACAAUUAAAUUCAGUGAUUACCUAUCACCCGCUACUGAGUCCCGGCGAUGCAGCGCGUCUCCACCUAUAAUCGUGACGUAGCCCGACAGAAAUCCGCUGUCUAAUUAUGAUAUACCAGCAACCCGGCCCAACUGCGCACGAGUAGCACACAUGUGCAACCCGGAGGUUGAAUAUUUGUUUGUUGUGUUGUCUAUAUAGUGGUGAAACCACAGCAUAGAAAACAAUCAGUAGAGACAGCUCGUGUCGGCGCCUUUGUUCUUUCUGACCCGAAUUUUAAGCCGUCAUCGGUGGUCGUUGCCUAAACUAUUCCUAGAUGUCGCCACCCAAUUUAAAAAGUAUCACUUCAUUUACAAUUUCAAAAAUUGAUUCGUGUACGCAAUUUAUUGCAAACUGUCUAGUUUGCUCAAAUCGUAUAAUCGUGAAUCGCAAUAAGAAAAAAGAAAAGUCCAUAUUUAAUUUAUAAACACGAUGAUUUGUUACAGUUUUUAUUUUAUUCAUAACCACCGGUUGUUGUUCGUUUGCGACGACUUUUUAAAGAAAAAAUGUGUUAUGUUUACUAUCUUUUCCAAGAAUUCCAAACACGAGGGAGAGAAUAAAGCGCACAAAGAUUUUACAUUUUAUUGUGAAAAUUACAUUUUUAUACUAUUUGUACAAUUCUACCGGAAAAGCAGUCUUAAACAAGCAAAACUGGCAAAAAUAUUGUAACAAAACUGCCAAAUUUCAAAUAUUUUAGACGUCAGUUGGGCGCCCUCAUUCGGUCAUAAUGCGAACGACUACCCACGAAAACGGGUCACGAAAAACGGCGAGCCGUCUCUACUGAUUGAUAUCUAUGCUGUGGUGAAACUCGCAUGAAAAUCCGUGAAGUAGUUUUUGAAAUUAUAGCGUUCAGACAUACAGCCAGACAGACAGAGGCUUUGUUUUAUACUGUGUAUAGAAAUGAAUUAUUUUUAAUUUUUACAAAAGAAAUGAACAACAUCGGAAUAAAAUAAAUAAAACAAAAAAAAAUACGUCUCGUUUUUAAACAAAACAAAAAAAACUGUUUUAAAAUAAUUAAAACAAACCGUUAUUUAUUCACUAACAUCGCUACAAAGAUAUAUUUGAGUCAUUUAAAAGUAAACGAUUGUUUUAGCGAAAAUAAAAAAAAACACCACCCGUUGGUUUCAGUUGUUAACAAAAAACUAUAGUGGUGAUUUUCAUAUUCUUAAAGUGACCAUAAUUGUAUUAUUUAUUAAAAUUAAAUAAUAAGUCCCGGAACGAUUGAAUAGCUUUGUUAUUUGAAAAUCUUUUUUUUUUGGAAAUUUGGUAUGGAUAUAUAGUUAAACAUGGUGACUUGAUUACAGCAGUUCUUCUUUUUUUACCGCUUGCGGUUUGACACACACGGUCGCCUACUUUUUUUUUAUGGAACACCAGAUUUUUUUGACAUUUUCUGAUGCAGAAUAAAAAACUCAUUUCAGAAAUUAUCAACCUGUUUAUUUCUACUGAUAGAACAAAUAGAAAACAAUUCACAAAAAAACACCGACGAUGAUAACAAACCGUUAUCAUCUUAGCCAAUUCAGAAAACAAAACAACAUUUUAUCUGUUUCUAAUUUGAUGUAACAUCAAACGUUUUUGUAAAAAUCUAUAAUUUUCCUUAUAUUAUUUCAUUACAUAUUAUAAAACGAUAGAAAUCUGAUAAGCUGGCGUAAAGGUACAAAAGUCGUCCCCGUCAUUAAUAAAGUCAUCUUACCGAAAAAAAAAAAUUUUAAAUUUGUAAUUCACACUUACAGUUUGAAGCUAACUGAAAAAUAAAACCGACUGUUAUGCAUUUCAUUCCAUGGUGAUCGACCGUUACAUCAUAAAUUGUAUGUGUGACCUUAAAUUUUAAUAUAAUUACACUAGUUAGUGGUUGCAGCAAAGAAUUAUGUUUUGCAAACUUCAAACAUUUUUAAAUAUUUACAUAAUAGUAGCCAUUUUUUGGAGAGUUGCCUACCAAAAAUUGCAGAAUUUUUACUAUACACAUUUUGUUAACAUGUAAUAUGUAUAAACGAAAAUUUGUUGACAUUUAAUGUAGGUAUGUAUAUAUCUGUUAUAGAUAUUUUGCAUUGAAUGAGGUAAAGCAAUUUUUAAAACAAUGCGGAUUAUUAAAAUCGGUUCAUUUGGUGUUAACAUUAAAUAUUAGCAAAAAAAACUGCUGUAGUCAUUUGUUUAAGCCGUAUGAAAACAAAAACUAGGUUGUUACUUUGUAUAAUUUUAUCAUGAUUACCAUAAUUUUUAAUACAAGAUUAACAAUCAAAAUAUAAUUACGUAGGAAAAAAAUUAGCGUGUGUUUUAUUAUCACAGAUUGGUGUAAUGGGCUUUAAAUAUAAGUGCAUGUGACAUUCUAGUCGUUCAUAAUUUAAAAAAACUAUCUAGUCUCGUAAUAUAUUGGUCUAAGUGAUCUUUUUAUAUAUCUAUUUACUGUUACAAUCUAUUAUGUAAUAAUUCUUGUUGUAGUCAUUACUUAUUCAUGUAUUAUAAAUUAUAUAUCAGUC